AGUAUGGUCCGAUGGUCUGAUUUGCUCCUCGCUCAACUGACGUAAAGCCAUACCAUCGCCCCAUAAGGAUUACCGACUUCUGGCUGCUUAUUACUCGACCGGACUCUCAAACGGCGAGGAAGUGGAUUAACAAUAUCUGUAUUUUAUUACAACCGCACUUAUUAAAAUCUGGAUCUUAAAUUGUAUCACUGACAGUAUAUUUAGGCAAUUUUUUUGAACUUCUUGGAAAAGCACUGUGAGUCUAGCACAGCUUUGACAUGCUGACGAGACUUUUCCGAAUCCAUGGCCUGUUUGUGGCCUCCCAUGCCUGGGAAGUUAUUGUGGCUACUGUGACUGUCACAGUCUGCAUGAUGUCCAUGAAUAUGUUCACUGGAAAUAACCAGAUUUGUGGCUGGAACUUUGAUUGCCCCAGUUUGGAGGAGGAAAUCCUAAGCAGCGAUAUUAUUAUCCUGACAAUCACAAGAUGCAUAGCAAUUAUUUAUAUUUACUUUCAAUUUCAAAAUCUUCGACAAUUGGGUUCCAAAUAUAUAUUGGGAAUUGCAGGACUUUUCACAAUUUUCUCCAGUUUUGUGUUUAGCAUGGUUGUCAUUCACUUCCUGGACAAGGAGCUGACAGGCCUCAAUGAGGCAUUGCCAUUCUUUUUGCUGUUGAUUGAUCUCUCCAAAGCGUGUACUCUGGCCAAGUUUGCUCUGAGUUCGAACUCACAGGAUGAAGUAAGAGAGAAUAUUGCCAAAGGAAUGUCUGUCCUAGGGCCCACAUUCACUCUUGAUGCCAUCGUAGAGUGCCUUGUUAUUGGUGUGGGUACAAUGUCAGGUGUGCGACAGCUGGAGAUCAUGUGCUGCUUUGGUUGCUUGUCUGUCCUGGCUAAUUACUUUGUGUUCAUGACAUUUUUUCCGGCCUGUGUCUCUCUUGUGCUGGAGUUAUCCAGAGAGAGCAGAGAGGGUCGACCAAUCUGGCAACUUAGCCACUUUGCUAGAGUUCUAGAGGAGGAACAGGACAAGAAACCUAAUCCUGUCACACAAAGGGUUAAAAUGAUCAUGUCAUUUGGCCUGGUGAUGGUUCACGCCCAUAGCCGGUGGGUUGCUGAUCCUGCAUCCAGUAAUGAAACUCUUGAUAUUUCUCAAGUUGGAGUGAAUCUAAAUGACAAUAUGCCCAAAAAGAUUGACCCAGACAUGCCACUGUGGCAUUUUUAUCUGUCCAGAAUGAUCAGCAUGAACAUUGAGCAGAUGAUCACAUUGGGUCUCGCUCUGUUUCUGGCCGUGAAGUACAUUUUCUUUGAACAGGAGGAGACUGAGUCAAAACUGUCCCUCAAAGUUCCCACAUCAGGUUCUUUACUCACCCAGAAAUGGUCUCCUGACCAGUGCUGCAGAAAAGGGGUUUCCUGUUCUAGCAAACCUGCAGAACCACCGGUUGUUACUAAGGAGGAAAGAGAUUUAGUGAUUCGGCCCUUGACUGCCCCAAAGGAACAAGAACAAAAAAGUACUUUUAUAAUAGGAGAGAUGGAAGCUCCCGAAAACAUAGAUAUGUUGAAAACUGAGAUCAAUUUACCUGCUGAACCCAGAUCUGUGGAAGACUGUCUGUCCAUUAUGAAAAACCCAGAUAUGGGUGUUCAAUAUCUCAGUGAUGAUGAGGUGAUUGUGUUGGUAAACUCAAAGCACAUCCCAUCUUACAAACUAGAGGCCAUGAUGGAGACAUCCGUGAGAGGCGUGAUAAUCCGGAGAAAAAUGUUGACCCCCAAACUCCCUAAACCAUUAGCACUGUCCUGCUUGCCUUAUAAAGACUAUGACUUCACUAAGGUGAUGGGAACAUGUUGUGAGAAUGUUAUUGGUUAUAUGCCAAUUCCUGUGGGGGUAGCCGGCCCACUGUUCCUGGAUGGGAAGCAGUUUCAGGUCCCCAUGGCAACAACUGAGGGCUGCCUCAUUGCCAGUACAAAUAGAGGCUGCAGAGCCAUAGCCUUGGCUGGUGGCGCUAGUAGCCGUGUUCUUGCAGAUGCAAUGACCAGAGGCCCAGUCGUGCGUUUGCCUUCAGCCUGUCAGGCAGCUGAAGUCAAGGCCUGGAUGGAGAGUGCCGAGGGCUUUAAAUGCAUGAAGGAGGCCUUUGACCAGACCAGCAGAUUUGCCCGAUUAGAGAAGCUUCUGAUUGGUCUUGCAAGUCGCAACCUGUACAUUCGAUUUCAGUCCAGAACUGGAGAUGCAAUGGGGAUGAACAUGGUCUCAAAAGGCACAGAACAGGCCCUUUCCAGGCUUAAAGAGGAAUUCCCAGAGGUGCAUGUCCUUGCCCUUAGUGGAAACUAUUGUACUGACAAGAAACCUGCUGCCAUUAACUGGAUUGAAGGAAGGGGCAAGUCUGUGGUGUGUGAGACUAUCAUUCCAGCCAAAGUCGUCAAAGAGGUUUUAAAGACAACGACCAAUGCUUUGGUAGAUGUCAACAUCAACAAAAAUUUGAUUGGAUCAGCUAUGGCUGGAAGCAUCGGGGGUUUUAAUGCUCAUGCUGCCAACAUUGUAGCUGCCAUCUAUAUUGCUUGUGGACAGGACCUGGCUCAGACAGUAGGCAGCUCCAACUGCAUCACUAUAAUGGAAGCCUCAGGGUCCACAGGGGAGGAUCUAUAUAUCAGCUGUACUAUGCCCUCUAUUGAGCUUGGCACUGUUGGUGGGGGCACUAACCUACCUCCCCAGCAGGCCUGUUUGCAGAUGUUAGGUGUAAUGGGUGCCAGUCAGGAGUGCCCAGGUGAGAAUGCCCGUCAGCUUGCCAAGGUUGUGUGUGCCACCGUACUUGCAGGAGAGCUGUCACUUAUGUCUGCACUUGCAGCUGGACACCUGGUCAUAAGUCACAUGACUCACAAUAGAUCAAAAGUGAAUUUGCAAGAAGCUUCAGGACUGUGCCAACAGCCAUCCUGAUCAAGCAUCAGCUGCAAAAAUGCAGAGGCCGUAUAGACAGAGGCUCUUUCCUUCAUGGCACAAAAUAUGUUUUCAAGGACAUAAAAAUAAUACAGACUUACUCUCUUCUUGUGUCCACUUUCCCACAAAAGAAUUGCCUUUUUUAAUGUGUGUUUACAUGUUUUUAAUUUGAACAUAAAGGAUAAAACCACACUUUUCAAGGUUUAAAGCCAAAAACGUCAAUGGUGAAUAAUAUCUUAAUUAGAUUUCUGAUUCCAGAAAUCCAGCUUGAUUUGUUUUUGAAGCAAACCUAAUCUUAGAUCAGGGGUUUUAAAGUGUUGGGAGUGUCACAGGGGGGGGGUUAGAGCACACAAAUUUUUAAGUAAACAAAUUAUGGGUUGCAGGAACUAGUCAACAUUUAUGCUCUGGCACUACAUGUAAAGCUUGAUGUUUUUGUCACUGUACCUUUUAAGAAGACAGCUGACUUUUCCAAGGAUUCCCACCAGAACUUCUAUUCAUAAUAGAUGUUAUCUUAUCCUGUUAACAUCCGCAACAUUGACGCUUUGUUCUCACGCCGCAAAAGCACGCAGGUAAAGCCUGAUGUUUCAGUGCGCUAGCUUCUACACGCAGAUCUUUUAAUAUUAUAGGCUAUUUUUGUACUUGUUCCCCGUUUAAUAAAACAUGAAAGAAACAGAAUAAAUACAAAUGUUUCUCAUA